GUUACAAAAAAGAGCAACUUUCAACAUGGUUAGCAUUAAGUUCUCUAUUUAAUUAAAACCAAGACUAUUUAUUAGAUCCGUGAAAAGAUAAAAGAAAAUUGUUCCUUUUUUGUCAAUUCAUUUCUUGCUUGUAUUUUCUCUCACUACUAUAAACUUAACACUCAUCUUUCAACCAAGCUUCACUGGCCAUACUGUAUCCAUUAAUGGCUUCCUUUUCUCCUAAGUCAAGUAGGUUUAUAUUUGUGUUAUUCUCCAUUUUGGUUGGCUCUUUUGUGGUUGCUUCUUCUGGUAACUUCUACCAAGAAUUUGAUAUAACUUGGGGACAAGGUAGAGGAAAGAUCCUAAACAAUGGUCAGCUUCUUUCUCUUUCUCUUGAUAAAACUUCAGGCUCUGGCUUUCAAUCAAAGAAAAUGUAUCUUUUUGGCAAGAUUGAUAUGCAACUCAAGCUAGUUCCUGGCAACUCUGCUGGCACUGUCACUGCCUAUUAUAUGAAAUCACCAGGAUUUACAUGGGAUGAAAUAGACUUUGAGUUCCUGGGAAACUUGAGUGGUCAACCUUACACACUUCAUACCAAUGUGUAUAGCCAAGGCAGGGGUGAGAGAGAGCAACAAUUCCACCUUUGGUUUGACCCAACAGCACAUUUUCACACCUAUUCUAUUCUUUGGAAUCCUCAGCACAUUUUGUUCUUGGUAGAUGGAACUCCCAUAAGAGAAUUCAAGAACAUGGAAUCAAACGGUGUUCCUUACCCAAAAAAGCAGCCAAUGAGGAUAUACUCUAGCCUGUGGAAUGCAGAUGAUUGGGCCACAAGAGGUGGUCUUAUAAAGACAGAUUGGAGUAAAGCUCCUUUCAGUGCCUCUUACAGAAACUUCAAUGCUCAGCCUUCGCUAAACCAGCAACUGGAUGCGACUAUACAACAGAAGCUCAAAUGGGUGCACCAAAAUUACAUGAUUUACAAUUAUUGCACUGACACUAAGCGAUUCCCUCAUGGCUUCCCUCCAGAAUGUUAUCAUUAGCUAAUAGUGUAAUUAAUUAUUCCUAAAUAUAACAAUUAUUGUAAGAUAGAAGGUAUAUGUGUAUGUGUCAUGUUCAUAUGGGUAAGUAUGUAUAUAAACAUUCCACAUGUAAUAAUAUAAUGUUGUUUUUUUCAUA